UUAUUGUAACCAACUUCACUAUCCAUGCGAUUUUCAAUAUUAAUGGUGUCCGUGUACGCGUUGUGAUUUCGUUUUUUUUCCCACUUUGUUUCGAUGCAUAAUAUUAACGAAGAGAUACGCGAAUACAUUCUUUAAGUUUUAUUUAUUCUGUUUUAUUAGAAAACGAUCAGUUAUGUGAUACACAAGGCUCUCAGUUCGAGUAAUUUUGUGCUGAAAACCUUCCGGAAAUCUUCAAACGUCAAAUGAUUUGUACACGGAGAAAAACCAAUAAACCGUGAACUUUCCAAUACACCUCUCACUUCGCUGCAACUUUUCUUCAUUUCUUUACAUUAAUUAAUCUUAUCAGCGUUGAAAAGUGCACGCGAAAAUAUUUUUACAAAAUGGAAUUUGCACAGCCACCGCCGGAUGUCUCGCAAAUAAAUUUCAGUAUGCCGCCACCACAAGCGCGCCAUCAAAACCAACAUGGAAACAAUUUAAUCCUUGGGGGUGGCGGCGGCGGAGGUGGUCAUCAUCAUCACUACCACCAUCAUUUUGGUGGCGGGAUGGGCGCCGGUAAACCGGGACAUCCGUACUUCAAACAAUUCGGAAACUUUGGUCGGGGUCCGAACGGAUUGCCAAUGACCCAAGACGACUUUGAUGGGAAACGACUGAGGAAAAGUGUAAUGCGAAAAACUGUUGAUUACAAUGCAUCGAUUGUUAGGGCGCUUGAGAAUCGUACCUGGCAGCGUGAUUAUCGUGAUCGGCAUGCGUUGCAACCGGAAAGUAUAUAUGUUCCAGAUUUAAUGCCCCCGCCUAGUUACUUAGAUAAUCCGAGCAAUGCUGUUACUACGAAGUUCGUUAAAACUGCCACGAACAAAAUGCGGUGUCCGAUUUUCACCCUUGCCUGGACACCAGAAGGGCGUCGUCUUGUAACAGGCGCGAGUUCUGGGGAGUUCACUCUGUGGAAUGGAUUGACAUUUAAUUUUGAAACAAUUCUCCAGGCUCAUGAUGUUCCUGUUCGCACAAUGGUUUGGUCUCACAAUGACAUCUGGAUGGUUACGGGCGAUCACUCAGGAUGCGUCAAGUACUGGCAAUCGAAUAUGAACAAUGUGAAAAUGUUCCAAGCACACAAGGAACCAAUACGAGGAAUAAGUUUCAGCCCGUCGGAUAGUAAAUUCGUGAGCUGCAGUGAUGAUGGUACUUUGCGGGUCUGGGAUUUCUAUCGAUGUCAAGAAGAAAGAGUGCUUCGAGGUCAUGGAGCCGAUGUCAAAUGUGUACACUGGCAUCCGCAAAAAGCCCUUAUUGUAUCAGGUAGUAAAGACAAUCAACAGCCGAUAAAACUCUGGGAUCCCAAAAGCGGACAGGCAUUAGCUACUCUACACGCCCACAAGUCUACAGUAAUGGAUUUAAAGUGGAAUGACAACGGCAAUUGGCUAGUCACAGCAUCACGAGAUCAUCUGCUUAAACUAUUCGAUUUAAGAAAUCUACGCGAAGAAGUGCAAGUCUUCCGAGGCCAUAAAAAGGAAGCAAGUGCAGUAUCUUGGCAUCCCGUUCACGAAGGAUUAUUCUGUUCCGGGGGUUCAGAUGGUUCAAUAUUAUUUUGGAAUGUUGGAACUGACAAGGAAGUUGGUGCAAUAGAUCAAGCUCACGACAGUAUUGUAUGGACUCUUGCCUGGCACCCUCUAGGACAUAUACUAUGCUCAGGAUCAAACGAUCACACAAUAAAAUUUUGGACGAGAAAUCGUCCUGGUGAUCAGAUGAGAGAUAAAUAUAACUUAAACACAUUGCCAGCAAGCUGGGCUGGUAUGGAAGAAUGCGAUAUUGAAGAACAUCAUGUCAUCCCCGGCAUGGGACCAGAAGAUAAAGUUGACUUCACCGAGAGCCUAAUGGCAGACAAAGGCUUUAUUCCUGGUCUUGACUUAGAUCAGAAAAACAGUGGAGAAGAGAAACGCGACAAAGAAAAGAAGGUACCAUAUAGCAAACCAAUUCCGCGCAACUUCCAAGCUCAGUGGAAUGACACAGGGCGUACGGAAGACGCAGAAGAAGCUACCUCAAAAGAAAUCAAGGAAGUGAUAACUCAAAUAGUUGAGAAUACCCCAGGCGUUGUACCUUUACAGAAAAUUGCCCCCUCCGCUAUUAUUGUUUACGGAAAAGUCAUCACAGUACAUCCUGGAAGCAAAUUAGAGGCCGCUAUUCUCGCAGGCCCCGACGCUUUGAAUAAAUAUAUAAGCAGCGGAGAAUUAGAAGAACUCGCUGAUGUUAUGCCCUUCGAAGACACAAACAGUCCAACUAGAAGCGGUGGGCGAAAUUCACCGUCAGAUCGGAGCAAAUCGCCAGUUCGUCGCAAAAAGUCACGUUUUGAUACGGUACAAGAUCACAAUGCUCAAAUGAUUUACUCAAAGGACGUUGAUAGUAGACAGCAAAUUCAACCUCAAGUACAAGCAUCACAGCAGGGAUUCAUACCACCCCUAUUAGCUCUCAAUGUACCUCAGCCAGAUGGCUUUCCUGGAGGUGUUCCACCACAAUCUAAAGAUCAAGACUUUCGUACCUUCAACAAUAACAAUUUCAGCAAUAGUGGCGAUAGUAUACGGCCUAGCCCUUGGUCAGAUGGUCCACCCAAUCAGCAACAAAAUGCGUUGCCUAACUUCCCAGCAGGAGCACACAGCGGAGACGGCCCCAAUAUCGGGGGUAAUGCAACACAAAAUCCCUUCAGUAAUAACCAGAAUAACAGCCUCGGUAACUCCAACUUCAAUAAUAAUUCUUUUCAUGGAGGAACUGCGCCAUUCGAUGGACCAUAUAAUAACAAUACAUCGAAUUUUGAAAGCAAUGGUAAUGGGCCAAACGCAGGGAAUUACAAUAACAAUAAUGACAAUGGCAGCAGAGGUCGUUCACAUGGUCGCCAUAAUGAUGGCGGUAGUAGAAACAACGAUAACUAUAACAGAAAUGAUAGUCGCAGUAGAGAUGGUGGUCGUCGGAAUGAUCGGAGUCGGCAACAAAAUCGUAGAAACCGGAAUAGGUUCUAGAAUUAUGUAUAGACCCAUUAAUUCUGUUCACAUUUAGUUUUAUUUAUACCCCGACUUUCAAGUUAACCUGAUUCCAGCCCGUACUAAAUGAAUGUGGGAAAUUUUAAUCAUGAUAUCCAGUUUAUCUGUAACGUAAUUGUCCAUAAAAAUAGACUAUCAUUUGUUUUUAAAGCGAAAAAAAAUAUUUGCCUCAGAAAUUAUUUUAUAUCACAGUAUAUGGAAAGCAAAUUCUUCGUUAUAUUAAUUUUAAAAAGUUUUUUUUUCUGAUUUCAUUGCUAGACGAUGUUAGAUAUUUAAAAGGGGUCAAGUGAUCGAUAGCUUUGCGCAAGUGAGAUGGUCAGCUUUCUACACAACCAGCUAUUUUUAUCAUUGUCCGUUAGAGAUAAAUAGUUUCUAAUUCAAUUAAUUAAAAAAAACAUUUCCUUCAAAAUGGAGGUCAAUGAUAACCACUUAUUGUUCUUUCAUAGUUAAUUUCGUUUGGUAGAGACGACCAGACAUUUUCGUAUCGUAAUGUGCAAAUGAAUGGAAAAAUAGAGUCUAAUUGAAUAGGAGGUGAUUUUGAGAGAAAGGAAGACAAACAAGCGGUUAUUCGCUUGAUGUAAAUGAGAUGAAUUUAAACAAAUGUUGUUGUACAUACGUUUCUUGAAAUCAUUCUAGUAUUUAUAAUUUAUUUUCACAUAUAAAUACUGUAGAGCUGUAAAGUAUGAAUUAAAGUCGAAUUAAGUAA